AUUCCUUCAGUUAUACACAGAACAGCGUAGCGCGAAGUUGGUGAAAUUGCCAAACUAUAGAGGCAUUUCAAUUCUUCCCUAAACUUGUAAUACAUAAAAUUUUCAAGUGGUUUUUCCGACGUUGAAAUAUCCAUCUGAGCUGCAAAGUGGAUUAAACAUACUCAAGGAUAAAUAGCGGUUCAGUGCGUUGGAGAGAAUCCAGAGAAGAGAGAAGGAGUGUGAGUGUCAAGAGGAUAUUUCUUAAAGAAAGUACGCCGCAUAGACCAAUGCAAGUGUAAUUAUUUUGGAUUUAUUGCUAAAGAUUGUGCAAUCUAUUGGAGUUCUUGGAACACAAACAAUUUUGAAGGCGUAUUUUUGAAGGCACGAGGAAAGAAGUGUUUUUGUUAAUAUAGGCAAAGUUGUGUGUGAGGAGUUACAUAAUUUUCUUGGAGACACUAAUCGAAUUCAAUUGAAUUUGGUGUGUGCAAUUGACUUUUUGACCUCGUAUCUAAUACAUUAUUCACUGGGUGACCGGGAGACUGCUCGUGUGCAGUCAACAAUUAAAUUUGGAGUGCCUUCGCAAGAGAGGGCAUUGAUAAGAACUGUGUUUGCCAAGUGAGGAGGAGGAGGACCAGCCAAUAAAUGACGCUCGACAGUAAUAUCUUCAACGACGUCUUCCUCUACAGUCCAUUCAAUAAUACGAAUGCCCCCCUGACCCCGGUCUCAAAGAUGCUCGUAUCUUUGGAUGGGAUUCACAGUGGAGUUCCGACGAGAACAACAGCUACUCUCACUCCGACGACACUGAGGAAUAUCGAACAGACUUUUAUCGAGUUGAGCAGCGAAACGCCAUCCUCUGUGCCCUGCCAGGCGGGUUUUGUACCACCUCUGGCUCCCUUUCCGUUUGAGCAGGACCACAACAGCCUGGGCUCCUCGGGAUCGGGUUCCAAUUCGUCCUGGCACACCCCUCCGCCCACCAUUAGUGAGGAUCUGAUCUCUUCCGUGUCUCAGGGCAGCUCCAGCGACGGCGCAGCCACGACUGCGUCCAGUGGGAACAACAGCAAGGCCACCCCAGCGCCGAGACGCAAUAUGGGCGGCCGUCGACCAGCCAAGGCGUGCAAUCUAUCGCCGGAGGAGGAGGAGAAGCGCAAGAUUAGGCGCGAGAGGAACAAACUGGCGGCUGCCAGAUGCCGAAAGCGUCGGGUUGAUCACACGAAUGAGCUGACAGACGAGGUGAAUGGACUGGAGAAGAAGAAGCAGGAUCUUCAGAGUGACAUCCAGGCGCUGCAGCAGCAGAAGGAGGAGUUGGAGUUUCUGCUGGAGUCACACAGGGCGCACUGUCGCCUCAAGGGGCGUUCAUGCAGUCCGCUAGACGUAAAGCCACACGCCACGAUGCUGGAAUUGUGCGACAGGAUUAAGUCAGAGCCGGUGGAUGUGGAUGGUCCGCCUUCACCGAAGAGAGUGCUGCUGUCGCAAGCCGCGAAUCCAGACGUGAUCAUUCUACCGCCCAUCACGUCAUCGGCUGGAAUGGCGAAGCCAGUGCGUCCCAAUCGUCCCAGUUCCCUCAAUGUGCCCCUCACGAUGACACCAUCGCAAGUGCUGGGCGUGAGUGUAUCCGGGAAGAGUGUGACGGAGUUCGCGGGCGUGCCCAUCACGACUCCUUCCAACGGCAUGUUCAACUUCGACAGUCUCAUGGACGGGGGCACUGGCUUGACGCCCGUGUCGGCGCCUCUGCAGCCCAAUUGCUCCGUCCAGAAGAGCCCCCUCGAGCUGGCAACGCCCACGAGUGAGCCCUCCAAGUUGGUUAGUCUGUAGAGCUCACAUCUUCUCCGCAUCCGCUUGAGUAUUUUUUCUCACUGGAGAAAUGGACAGUACGACAAUGGAUGAGGAGGGAAAGGCGGCGUUGUGAUAUUUAAUUUUAACCUAACACAAACAUUUUAAAAGAAAACGAAUAAUUUGCGCACCGAAAGGGUAACAUUUCGAUUAAAAAAAAACCCAUUCAAACAUCCUUCGGUAGUAUGAAGAAAAGAAAAGAAACAAUAUUUAAAACGAUCAAAUUGGAGUUGCUUGUUAAGUCAUGUUUUGCAAUUGUGGCAAUAUUUAAGAGAGAAAAAAAUUGUAAAUGUUAAAAAGUCGUGCUUUAAGAGAAUUGAGGAAGAUUUAAGCAGUGAAAUUUAGUUGAAAAACCCCCUAGUUUACCAAUUACUAGAUGAAAAGAAAAACUGAUGAAAUCGAUACCAAUUAAUGAGAAUUUUUUUCUAUUGAACCAUAUAAGAAUUUUUUUUGCUAAUGAUUGAAUUGUAUUAAUUAUUUAAUUGUAAGGUCCACUGUUUAAUUUUAGUGCAUAAGAAGCGAUAAAAUACAUUUUUAACCACUUUUUGUAUUAUUGGAGAUGCUCAAUUGUGAGUGAGAUGUGAGAUGUCGCAAUAAUGGUGUUUAAUUUAUUAGUGAUGAGAAAGAUUAUAAAAUGAGAAUCACAGUGUAGAUUUAUUGAUUACAAUGCAUAAUAGAAAAUGUAUUUUUGAUGCCAUAUAUUUCAUACAUCUAUUGCUAUUUUGGAGAUCAUUGUGAGGAGAGAAUAAAAUUGUGAAAGAGAAAAAA